AAAAACAAACAAAAUUUAUCUUCAUUUUUUUUUUCUUCUAUUUUAGCUAAAUGAAUUUUUAAGUCAUAUUAGUAUUUCACAAGAUCUCUACAUGGGACGAUCAUUUGAUGAUGUUCAUGCCGUCUAUUGUUAUUAUGGUGCUGGAAUUAUUCUAUCUGGCACAGUUUUACGUAAAAUUCUUGAUGAAUUAGAUUGGUGUACAAAUAAUGCCUAUUCUCAAGAUUUGACAGAUAAUAUUGGACGAUGUAUUUUGAAAUCAGCUAAAUUACCAUGUACAAAUACUGCUAGUGUAAGAAUAAAGGGUGGGCCAGAAGUCCUGACCCGAUAUGAAUAA